UCCGAAUCGUCGAUGUGUUCUUUAAUUUUUUUUAAUAAAGGAACCUAAACGAUCUCACCAACAUGUGCGACUGUGCUGAAGAACAAGAGAGACAAGAAAGAGAGCUUCGACAACGCCAAAGAAUACCAGUAGUUGACUCAUCACAGUCGAGUUGGUGGGUUUUACAGUGGUGGAGUGGUUCCGGUUCAGGACACGGCGAUGAUUCCACGGUCAAGGUGUGGUUUCCUAUUCUCGGCAGUACAGCAGCACUCAUGGGCUUGAUGGCUUUACUGUAUAAGCAUUUUAAUAAAUUAAAAGCUUUGGUGUGGAAAACUAAACCAAUUUGCGAUACUAAGGUUAAACGCAAAUCUUCGCCAGAAAAAAUCAAAAUAUGUGUUUGUAAGGAUUAAUCUUGUUGUCAACGAGAAUUGCAAAAAAUAUCAACGACUUAUAAAAAUAAAUAAUG